AUGCUGGCCGCUGUGGCGCCUGACCCAGCCACCAUGCAGGGCUGGCUGCUUGGUGAUGCAGGCAAGGCCCGACGCAGCGACGCGGGCAUCAACCACGCCAGCUGCCAGCAGGAUUCAAGACGUGAGCAGCAGCAGCAGCAGCAGCAGCAGCAGCAACAGCAACAACAGCAGCAGCAGCAGCAGCAGCAGCAGCAGCAGCAGCAGCAGCAGCGCCUGUACCGGCCCUGGCGCGCAGGAAGUGGCGCACUUGCGUCGGCCGCCUCAAGCCCGGAGUGCAGCUACGCCGGAGAUUAUGUGCCGCAGCCAGCGCAGCCGGUGCUGCAGAUUGCUCACAUGCGCACCGGUGCCACCAUGAGUAUGAGCGCUGGCGCUGCAGUGCCAAGCUUUGUCAACCGCAGCAACGGCAGCAGCCCGCCACUCGUCCGCGGGGCGCGCAGCGCGCCUGGCGCUGUCGCUUGCCUUCAGGGCCGUGCGUCUGCGUCAGCGCACGCUGCGCUCGGCAGCUUCAUGGCCCCCAAGACCGCAGCACAUUGUAUGGAGCCUCCACCCCUGCAGCCGGUGCAGGUGGUUGAGCCUGCCAGCAGCUCAAGCCCACCAACACGCGGGGCAGCAACUGGUUUGAUAGCUGCGUCAUCGCUGGACGAGGCGGCCAUUGAGGAGCAGCAUGUGCAGCGGGGGCUCGACAACUGCGCCCCAGCCGCUGCGGCCGAACACGGCAGCGGCGUGACGCCUAGCGCAAGCGAGGCGGCGAUCAGGCCCGCAGGGCAGAGGUUAGGGGUGGCAGAGGGCUUCGCUGAGCUGCAGCGCAAGGAGCAGCAGCGCCAGCAGCAGGAGCCGGAGUGCGAGCAGCACGAGGCGCGCAAGUUUGCUGCCCUGCACGCAGCGACCAGCACUGGCCCUGUGCCGCUGCCCGCCUGGUGUGCGCCUGGCGACGGCAUCCCUGCAGCGGCGAAAGGCACCGAGGCGUGCGCGGCCCUGAGUCCACCGGACAGCUGCGGCGGCACUGGCGCGGGCGCCGGUGCGGGCGGCACAGAUGGUGGGCCCAUAUCGCACAGCGUGAUCCCGGCCACAGCCUCUCUGGAGAUGGCCGCUCGUGGUGCACUAGUUGAGCAGAUUGUGCUGGGCAGCGGCAGAGGCGUUGCCGCUGGGGGUCGUGACGCAGUGGCGGCGCCUUGCCUAGAGCCUGUGGCUGCCUCCCUUGAGCGGCCUGAGCGCGCCGCGGCAGCCGAACAGCCCGCGCUGGGGAAUGGCAGCGCCAACGUCUGCGCCGCAGGUGAAGGCAGCGGCGCAAACGCGGCCUUGCCUCUGGCAGUUGCCGCAACUGCCUCCCCCCAUGUCUCGGAGGCGGCAGCACAGGGCGGCAGCGGCAGCGGGGCCAAGGUGCUAGACAGCAGCGGCGAGGAGCGGCCAGGGCACGUUGACGUGCGGCCAAUUUUGGAGGAAUGGGCAGAGGAGGCCCGCGGCGCGGCGGCGCAGUCGGGGCCGUUUGCCUCCGUUGGGACCCCUGCUGGCUUGGGGCCCGGUGGCGGCGAUGGCAGCAGCGACGGCGGUGAGCUCAGGGUGCAUGCGGAGGGGACUGAGGCGCAGGCACACGCGGUGAAGCAGGUUUGGCAGCAGGCUGGUCGGGACAAGGUCAGCUUGGCUGACGAGCGCAUGAGCAAGGGUGGGACGAGGCAGGUGCAGGUGCAGGGGGAGCUUAAGGUGCAGCAGCACGAGGAGGAGGGGCAGCGCGUCGAUGAUGAGAUGCAGGAGCCGGUGCCAAGCCCGCACCGCGGCGGAGGGGAGCAGCUGCAGCUUGCCGGCCUGCCUUCACCCGUGGGCGACGGCGACCUGGCGGCGCCUGUGGUGGCUGCAGCGGCCGCCAUCGAGGCUCCGAGGUUGCCGCAGCAUGCUGCGCUUGAGCUGCCGUCAGACGACGCUGACAACAAGGCUGAUGGCGGCUGCAAGCCUUCCAGCACUGGCAACAAGGACGACGCCCGCAUCGGCGGCGGCUUCAGCGGCUCAAUGCAGUGCACCGCCGUGGCCGGCGGCGUUUGCGAUGUCGUCGGGCAGCAGGCAGAGGCGGAGACGGCCAAGGGGCGGCUGGGCAAGCGCACACGGCGGGAGAUGGAGGAGGAGGUGCUGCGGGGCUGGGCGGAACCUGGGGCUGCCACGCGGCGCGCGCGCAUGCUGGAAAUCCUGCGGAGCGGCGGAGGGGCGGCCGCGGCGCUGGCGGCGUGGUCGGGGCGCGAGGAGGGGCGUGCGCCGGCGCGGCUUGCGGCGUUCGACCAUGCGUGCAUGUUCCUUGGCGUGUGCAGGCAGCAGGCGGAGGCGUGA